GCUUCUGCAACCGAGCAGCAGUCUGAUGGAGCGGGUUGACGGCACUCGGUGGUCUUGGCGCCCUGCCUCCGUUUGCGCGGUGUUCUUGGGGAACAUCUGCUUCUUCAUCGCCUCGCUCACCGUGCUGGUCCUGAGCCUGACGAAACAUCAGUCAAGUACCUCCAGCCAGGUAUCUGCUGCUCAUCUGGUCCUUAACCUGAAUGGAACCACUAGCAUUAUUCGAGGGACAUUGGACUGGUUCUACAGUGACGUUGAAGGAGCAUUCCUUGGGCCAUCAUUUGAAUAUAGCUCUCAGAAGCUAAAGAUUAAAGAGGAUGGGCUGUACUGUAUCUAUGCCCAGAUCAAUGUUAAUCGUCGUGGCUAUUAUAGUAACAAGACAAUGAAUGCUGACCUCUUUAUUCAUCAUAACCAUGAGUCUAGUCCUCUUCUGACUCUCACUUUGGAUUUGUCUGACCAUGUAAAGAAAUCAUAUACAAACUCCAUAUCCCAGAUUUAUCGAUUAUCAAGUAAUGACAUACUUUAUGGGACAUUAAAGGGAACUACUGAGGCAGACAAUAACUGGGCCCUCAAAAACUCUGGUAAUUUCUUUGGUGUCUUCCGGAUUAAUGAAAAAGAGACUGUUCAAAAGGGAUUGUAAUAAAUAGCAGAAUUGAAGGAGAAGCUCAAGAAGAGUUAUAUUUAUAUACAAAAAGCUUCAUAUAAUGCUGAAGAGGCAAGCAAUGCUGUGGAAAAGUCCUGCACAGACUACUGAAGCAACCAGAAAUUCCAUUGAAAGUGAUUGUAUCUGCUCAAAUUGGUCUUAUUUGGCAUUAAUGCAAAAACAGACAGAGGCAUUGGUGUGUUGUCCUCCUUCUAGCCUCAUCUUUGGGUGGAAUUUCUAAGGAUUUUCUCUCUGGAAAGACCCUUCUGUGAUCCUCACAGCGCUUAUGCAAGGCAUUCUCCAUCCCUAGAGAAGAAGCUUGUCCUGAAGAUGAUAGGAUAAAAAAGAUGAAAGAUGGAGCUACCGGGCCAACAAUCUCAACUAGCUGCUGAAAUAUUUGGGAUGAUGACUACACUGCAUUGCGGAUCAGUCUCAAUGUUCUAUUGAAGCUGGCUUUCAGUAUUUUUCUCAAAGAAGACAGAUGUGUUACACACAUGCCCCAAGCUUUGGCUUAUAGUCAUUCACUCACAGCCUUGAAAAAUAGCCACACUCAAGUCACUUUCAACCAAACACUGAGGCACAACCUGUUCUUUAGAAUACAGAGACCUGUUCAAUUUAAAAUAAAAGCAAAACAUUAUUGGUUAUAAUAUAAAUGUGCUCUUUUGCAUGUGCAUGCACACGCUUGGCACUAGCCAAGACUCCAGGGCAGGAGAAUAAGGGUAGCAGUUGUCAUCCAGGAGUCUCUGGUAGCCAUCAGAGGCACUGCUCCCCAAUUGCCAAAUGUGAGACCCAGUUCUUGAAUAUAGGCUCAUGGAAGCAGUUGGGACUGUUACUACUAUAUACCAGCCUCCCUGCUGUAUAGCAACUUCCCUGCAUGAGCAGCUGAAGAUCAUCUCAGAGCUGGCUGUGGAGUCCUUCAAACUUAUAGUUCUGGGGGCUUCAAUUUCUUGCUGCUGGGAGAACCCCCAAAGUGGCCCUGAAGUUCCUGCCUAUAUCCAUGGUGGCCAUGGGCCACUCUCAGGUCAUUCUUAACCUGACAUGGGACAGUGGCCAUACUCCAAACAUGGUUUUCUUGUCAGAGCAGUAGCAAUAUGUCCUGAGAGAGUAGCUUUUCUUGACUCCUCUAUCAUGGUCAGAUCACACCCUGAUGACUUUGAGGCUCUGUGAUGCUACCCUCCUCAGCAGGGAGGCUGGACCCAUCUGUCUGGUACACAUUCAGCAACUGAUGGACCAAUUGGAUUUCAAAGGGAGCUGAGGAAAAUACUUGCUAAUCUGCUACAUGGCCUAUGGAGGCCCUGGCAGGUGCUUUUCAGGGUGAAGUGAGUGAUGCUAUGGACAUUCUUUUGUGGUCCCUGGAGGCUGUAGGGUCCUGAAUGGGGAACAAUAGACUUCAGCUAAAUUCUGGUAAGGCAGAGUUGCUGUGGAUGGGCCCCUCUGUAUUCAGGAGUUUACCAUCUUUGGUCUUGGAUGGGGUUGCACUACCCCAGACAGACCUGGUAGGUAAUCUGGGGUGGUGAUGGUCCUGGACUCACAGCUCCUGCUCUAAAAGCAGGUGGCAGCUGUGGCUAGGAGGGCCUUUGCUCAACUUCACAUUGUCUGUCAGUUAUGCCCUUUCCUAGAUAGGGAGGCUCUCCAUUCGGUCACUCAUGUCCUGGUCAUCUCCUGUCUGGACUAUUGCAAGGCGCUGUAUAUGGGCUACCCUUGAAAAGUAUCCAGAAGCAUCAGCUGGUACAAGAUGCAGCUGUGCAGGUCAUCUUGGGUGUUCAAAGAAUUACAUAUUAACUUUUAGCAUUGAUUUUUAA